UCGACUGGACUCCGUGUUUAUACACGACUCCCAACUGCUGUCAACACCAAAGAACAUGGCGUUCAUAUACCAAUAUCGGGGCUUGCGUCGAUACGUGAACGAGCUGGUUGAUGACGCCCGUCGUGCCCAGCACGAGCCAUCUUCCUCGGAUCAAGUAUCGCCGCAGCCUCUUGGACAUCCACCGAUACUAUGAGGUGUCUUGGGCAACCCACGAUCCCUUCAACCCGCAGCAAUGGUCGCAUGCCCGCCGAGUCGCCUCCACAAUGUGUGUCUGCCUGAUCGCCUUGGUCACCACCAUGGCAUCAGCCAUCGAUUCCGCCGUUCUGACCGAAGCUUCCCGGCACUUUGGAGUUUCCCAGGUCGCCGAAUCACUCGCAACUGGCCUCUACCUUAUCGGCUUCGGAGUCGGUGCGCUUAUUGCCAGUCCCAUGUCUGAAAUUGUCGGCCGAUUCCCCGUCUACAUUGGCGCCUUGAUCAUCUUCGGAUCCUGGAUUCUAGGUGCUGCGUUGGCUCCGAACUUCGGGUCACAGUUGGUCUUCCGCUUUCUCGCGGGACUCUGUGGUUCUGCGCCUCUGACUGUCGCGGGUGGUUCGAUUUCCGACGUGUGGAGUACGCUGGAGAAAACUUUUGGGUUUCCCAUCUUUGCCAUUCCGGGGUUUGGCGGGCCUAUCCUUGGUGAGUAUGAUAUAGUGUAUCGCGCAACAUCCACUGCACACCACCGGCCCGUUGUCGGAGCAUACAUCGGUUACAGUCCUCACAUCAGUUGGAGGUGGGCAGAAUGGAUCAUGCUCAUUUUUGACGGCCUGGUGAUAGCCAUCAUCUUUCUAUUCAAGCGCGAGACCUUUGCACCCCAGCUCCUCUACUACAAAGCCAAGUUUUUCCGCGAAGCGACCGGAGAUGCGCGGUUCAAGACAGCCGGCGAGGCCUCGGGAUCGGGAAGUCUGCUGCCCGUGUUGAAGAGGAACUUCACUCGUCCUUGGCUACUCCUCAUGGAGCCAAUCGUGAUCUUCUUCACGUUUUACUUGACCGUUGUCUACAUUGUCCUGUUCACUUUCCUGGACGGUUUGCAUGACGAUCCAUCGGAUCCCACUAACCCGCCUAGAUAUGUCUAUAUCUUCGCCGACACAUACGGAAUCAACGAAGGCCUGGCCAACAUUUGCUUUCUGGGGCUUCUCAUUGGGAUCCUCACCAGCAUGGUCCUCGUCCCUAUCCUUUAUCGCAAAACAGCCAAACAGUUGCGAGACGCUGGUGAUGAUGGGUCCGGUCGCAUGAUAGACAGAGAGUCGCGUCUCUUCUUCGCGCAAAUUGGAGCCCCAGCCAUUCCGAUCGGUCUUUUCUGGAUGGGAUGGACUGACUAUCCUUCCAUCGCGAUUUGGUCCCCACUAGCCGCCUCGAUCGCCGUCGGUUUCGGCGUCAUCUGUAUCUUCCUCUCGGCCUAUAUGUACAUUAUCGAUUCCUAUCAGCAGUACGCGGCGUCUGCACUGACCUUCGUGGCACUGGUUCGGUACCUGGCUGCGGGCGGAAUGACGGUGGUCGGAAUCCCGAUGUAUUCGAAUCUUGGCACCCAUUGGACGCUCACUGUUCUUGGGAUCAUCAGUGCGGUGGCUGCGCCCAUUCCCUACGUACUCACCUUCUGGGGCCCUUCUCUGCGGAAGAGGAGUAAAUGGGCCACAGCUAUCUCGGCGUGAGUGGAUUUGACUUGCCUUCGAGGACUUCAUCGAUCGCUGUUCAAGCAUGGGUGGUAUGUCUUGAAUAUGCGUUUUAACACUUUUCGUGAACAUACGUAAUACUUCGGUGAUAUAAUUCUGACGCGGAUGAGCAUGAGCGUAUGGAGAUACUGGGUUGGACAAAAUGAUCUAAGAUAUAUAGAGUAGAUGGAUGGUAUAGAGUGAAUAGGAUGGAAAACGCGAUGUAUCCAAGAACCCGACCGUAACCCGAUAUUCGCUGCCUAAGGCAUGAAGUAGAUAGUAAAG